AUGCUCAGCGGGAGCGUGCUGGAACUGCUAGCCCUGUGCCGGCUGGCCCGGCAGGAGGGGCAGACCAGUGCUCCCAGCCAGAGACUGACAUUUCCAGGGGACGUGCUGCCCGGAGCGCUGCGGCUCAUGCGGGAGCUGAGACCCGGCUGGGAACCGGCGAGGGUGAAAACCAAGCUCUUCACCGAUGGCAUCACCAACAAGCUCGUGGCCUGCUACACGGACGAGGGCAUGGCGGACGCGGUGCUGGUCCGUGUCUACGGCAGGAAGACGGAGCUUUUCGUGGACCGGGAGACGGAGCUGAGGAACUUUCAGGUGCUGCGUGCCCACGGCUGUGCCCCCGACCUCUACUGCGCCUUCCAGAACGGGCUCUGCUACCAGUUCCUGCCGGGCAUCGCGCUGGGGCCCGACCACGUGCGGGACCCCCACAUCUUCAGCCUCCAGCAGGAUGUGCCCAGCCUGGAGAUGCUUGAACACGAGCUGGCCUGGAUGAAGGAAACGCUUUCCCAGCUGGGGUCCCCCGUCGUGCUUUGCCACAACGACCUGCUCUGUAAGAACAUCAUCUACGAUGGGACACAAGAGCACGUUCGCUUCAUAGACUACGAGUACACCGGCUACAACUACCAGGCUUUCGACAUUGGAAACCACUUUAAUGAGUUUGCGGGCGUGAAGGAGGUGGAUUACCGCCUCUAUCCCAGCAAGGAGACCCAGCUGCAGUGGCUGCGCUCCUACCUGCAGGCGUACAAGCAGCUCACCCAGAGGAACGAAGGAGGCAUGGGGGUGGCCGUGUCCGAGGAGGAGCUGGAGGCUCUCUACGUGCAAGUGAACAAAUUUUCUUUGGCAUCCCAUUUCCUCUGGGCAUGCUGGGGCCUAAUCCAGGAUAAAUACUCUACCAUAGACUUUAACUUCUUAAGAUAUGCAAAGCUAAGGUUUAAACAGUACUUCAAGAUGAAGCCAGUGGUCACAGCCCUGCAGAUCUCUAAAUAGCAUCUCCAGCCUGUGAGUCUCCGAGCUAUUUUGUCCUUGCUGCGUCCACAGCCCUCGCAUCCCCCUCGCCCCUUCCCCACCCCAGCCGGGGGCGAGGGCAGGUCCUGAUGGUG